AUGGCAGGGGCUAGGAUAGGGGUUUCAAUGGCGACUUCAUGUUGUGGUGGUAGUGGUGGUGAAGGUGGUGGUGGCAAUUAUGGUGGCGGUGGUGGGCUUGGUGGUGGUUGUGGUGGUGGUGGCGAACUUGGACUGGGGGUAGGGUUUGCUCUAGCAGAAGAUGCUGCUAAAGGACUGGUUGGAGCUGUUUGCUGUCGAAGUGAUGGUUCUGGAGGAGGUGAUGGAGUGGGUUCAGUGUCUGCUGCUGGUUGUGCAGUGUCAGAAGGUGGCAAACUGAAUCCAGUUUUGGAUAGGUGUGUGGCAUCAAAAUAUAGAGUGUCUGAAAGUGCUGGAAGAGGCCAAGGUAGUUUUGAUACCUGUGAGGCUGCUGACAUUUUCUUUUUGCUGGAAGAGGGUGAUUUGGCCUGUGGGGUAGAGGUAGAAACGCCAGCCUCAUGUCGUUUGGAGGUUGAAGUUUUGGGGUUUUUAGGUGGAGGCUCUGACAGUGGAGUGGUGGGUGGUUCUUUGCUUUUUGAGAGAGGAGGUGCAGAAGCCAUGGGUCGGGGGAAUCGGGGUUGGGAGGCCGCAUUGCCAAGGGCGAAACUUGGAGAGGGGAAGUUUGAGGGGAAUGAGGAGGCGAUUCCAUUAGGUGUUGAUGGUGAGAAUGGAGGAGUUGAGGGAGAAAAUAAAGGAUGCAGAGGGAAGCUAGGGCAAAGGCGGCGGAAAGAUGAGUGGAGAAGAAGGGGAGGGGUAAUGCCGGGAUAA